CCAUUUUUCCGGUUUGUCCAGAUCAUUUUGAAUUUUAAUCCUAUCCUUCAAAGCACUUUUAACCCCUCCCAGCUUGGUAUCGUCCACAAACUUUAUAAGUGUCCUCUCUAGGCCAUUAUCUAAAUCAUUGAUGAAGAUAUUGAACAGAACCAGACCCAGAACCGAUCUCUGCGGGACUCCACUCGUUAUGCCCUUCCAGCAUGACUGUGAACCACUGAUAACUACUCUCUGGGGACAGUUUUCCAACCAGUUUUGCGCCCACCUUAUAGCAGCUCCAUCUAGGUUGUAUUUCCCUAGUUUGUUUAUGAGAAGGUCAUGCGAGACAGUAUCAAAAGCCUUACUAAAGUCAAGAUAUACCCCAUCUACUGCUUCCCCCCAGCCACAAGGCUUGUUACCCUGUCAAAGAAAGCUAUCAGGUUGGUUUGACAUGAUUUGUUCUGGACAAAUCCAUGCUGACUGUUACUCAUCAGCUAUUAUCUUCAAGAUGUCUGCAAACUGAUUGCUUAAUUAUUUGCUCUGUUAGCUUUCUGGGGGCUGCAAAAUCCGGCUUGAAAACCUCAACGUUCCUUGUGGUUUGCAUUUUUCGUUCUCUUCCUGGAGAGCGGAGCCUUUGUCCUGUCCGGGAGCCGGGCCCACGCAGUAAUCUCUACUUUGGUGCCACUUUGGGCUGGCCCAGGGGCUUCGCCAGAGCGAAGCACGUUUAUUGAGGUGGCUGUAGGUUUCUCCAGAUGAACAUUGCCGGGCUUGGACGAGCUUAGAAGAUCUUCUGGCUCGGAUACAGCCCUUCCCGUCUGGAGAUCUCGAAGCGCUUUAUAAAGCAGGUGGGUCUCGUUAGCUCCACUUCACAGACAGGGAAACCAAGGCACGGAAUGGCCCAUGAAGCGCACCUGUGUGCUCUACCCACUAUCAUUUUACCUUGUGACCCCCUGCGACAUUAUUGACAGAAUCUGUGUCCAUCUGUUGCAACCACUGUUGUAUAUUUGCAGCAGGUGCUGUACAAAGGUUGUCGUGCGAGGUGUUUGUGGAGAGGUUGUGGUGUGCUGGGGGUGUGUGUAUUGGUUUUGUAGUUGUGUGACGAACUGGGACUGUUCUUGCUGAGUCCCCCAAUACUCCGUGACAAGUUGAUGGUAGGAAUGUUGGCUCUGCGCUCGUAUCUCAAGGUGUGUGACUCUAAGUACCCGCAGUGAAGCAUUGGGGCAGCUUCUUGAGAAAGGAAUUUGCAAGUUAAGGGCCCAAUCCAGAAACACUUAACGGACAAUGGAUCUUGGGAGACUCCAAUCCAGAUAAGAAAUCUACCUGGGGGUGUUCAGGAUGGCGUGUGGGCAGUGGCUACCACCUGUAAAAACUGAGUCAUGCCUGGACAUGUGACUGGCCCAUGUGACUCCAAACUCCAUUUUGCUGUAAUUUUCCACGGUAAGGACAAAGAGGCGUUCUUACACCUGGAGGAGACUAUAAAAGGCUGAUGCCUCGUCUCCAUCUUGUCUUCAAUCCUGCUUCAUACCUCUGGAGGGACUUUGCUACAAACGGAAGCUCUGAACAAAGGACUGAAUGACCCAGCCCAGCUGGGGAUGUUCCAGAGACUUGAUUUUAAACCUGCAGUUUAUUCCAUCCCAGCUACAAGCCUGAACCAAGAACUUUGCCAUCACUGCUGUGGCUUCCGGCCGGGAUAUGACAGCCCCAGCCUCUCCCCCGCACCCCGCAUCAUCGGGGGCCAGAAAAGCCGCCCUGGGGAAUGGCCCUGGGUUGUGAGUCUCCAGACCCAAGGGCACCAUUUCUGUGGGGGGAGCAUCAUACACUCCUGGUGGGUACUGAGCGCAGCCCACUGCUUCCACGACACCCGGCCCCAGGACGUGACAGUGGCAGCCGGCAGCGUGACCCUGGGCAUGGGCGGCGUCACCCGGCGGGUUCGACGGAUCCUGUCCCACCCCAGCUAUAGCCGCAGCACCUACGACUCAGACCUGGCCCUGCUGCUGCUGAGCCGCCCCCUGCCCCCGGGCCGGGGCCUCGGCCUCGUCUGCCUCCCCGGGGAGCCGGUCGACGAGGACGACGGGCAGUGGGGCAGCUGCUAUGUGGCCGGGUGGGGCACCAUGGAGUACGGGCAGGAGACGGUGUCGGGGGCGCUGCGGGAGGCUGGCGUGCGGAUCGUCGAUUGGCUGCGCUGCAUGUGGUGGAUGGGGGCCCUGACCCAAAACAUGGUCUGCGCCGGGCACGAGGAGGGCGGCCGGGAUGCCUGCCAGGGUGACAGCGGGGGGCCCCUGCAGUGCCAGGCCCCCCAGGGCUCCCCCUGGUACCAGGUGGGCAUCGUGAGCUGGGGCCGGGGCUGCGGGAGGCGCCAGCGUCCGGGCAUCUACACCCGCGUGGCCAACUACCGGGCCUGGAUGGAUGAGGCCACCGCAGCAGUGGGGAGACCCCUGAGGCCCCAGAAGGCCACCCCCACCAGUCUGGGCUCCGCCCCCCAAAAGACAGAGCCGGAGGUCGCCGGAGGCCCCCGCCCCUGCCCGUGGCGGCCCCUGGGCCUUUCCCUGGGGCUGGCUCUGGGGAGGUGGCUGGGCUGAGCGAGACACAAGGCAUGCUGGGAAGAGGACAGAGCCGCCGCCGCCAAGGAUUGUGGGAGGGGAUGGCCACAUUGGCCACUGAGAUUGGCCAACACUUUGGGAGGGAGGGGCAGGAGGGCGAAGGGGCAUUAAAUAUUAUGUAGAGAAGCGGAGAGCGAACUGUUCACUGGGAAUAGGGGACCCAGGCAACCAGGAGAGCAGAGCAGGACGCUCGCCCCUGGGGAGGGAAGAUGGGGCCCAGGUGUCCGGGACGGCAGCGGAGGGCGCUCGCCCCUGGGGAAGGGAGAUGGGACACAGGCGUCCGGGAGAGCAGAGCAGGGCGCUCACCCUAGGGGGACGGUGGGGAGGGGAGAUGGGGCCCAGGUGUCUGGGAGAGCAGCGCAGUCUGCUCACCCCUAGGGAGGGGAGAUGGGACCCAGGCAUCCGGGACGGCAGCGCAGGGCGCUCACCCCUGCGGACGGGAGAUGGGACCCGGGUGUCCGGGACGGCAGCGCAGGGCACUCACCCCUGGGGAUGGGAGAUGGGACCCGGGCGUCCGGGACGGCAGC